UGUAAUGCAGCAUACACACUAAACCUCUGGCUCCUGGAGCUGGAUAGAGAUUUGAUCCGGCAGUCGCCACACAGAAAUAUGUGGGAAGCAACCGGUCGAUGCGGCUCCUGACCGAAGAACACAACUGUAGAACGGGCCUGAUUCACUUCUAGGUACGCAGGAGGACGGAAGAGACAAUAUAGAACUCUAUGACUUGUCCUAAUAUAUCCGGCGCAUUGACUACAAGCAGAAAAAUAUAUACUGUGCGAUGAUUUCGCCCAAGACCCCACACGAUCCAUCACCACCGCGUAAGCUGCGGGCGUUCAAGAACGUAAUAAAACCAAAAACGACGAAGAAAGAGUCCUCGCAUAGUGAGGAUGGGGAGGAGACAGUAUACCAAGAUGCCAUGGAAGAGAUCAACAACAGCCCAGCCUUCAAUCCUGCUGAGUUCCUCAGCAGGGUUCAAACAGGCCCCGAGUCUUCAGGAUUUUCGGACAAGAUUAUAGCUGCACUACAAGAGACUGGUGCAAUAUUCAUCCAUCCAAAAUCUGUGCUCAAGUCUCAGGCUACAAGAAAGACCGCAGGGAAUUUAGCUAAAAGCCAUCCAUAUAUGUCCCGCAAGGUAGACCUUGAUUUCCUGGAAGCGCAUGAAGACUUGCAAAGGGUGUUAGACUUGAAGGACUCGGCCGAUGAUAAAGAGAUGAUGGAAAGGAGGGAACAUAUUGAUCAGCGUCAGAAUCAACUAAAUGAGCUGGAAAUAACUAAACAGAACAUGAGAGUUGCUUGGGUUACAGCGAGACAUGUUCAGAGAGUUAGAGUGGUGGAUGCUAUUCCACCUCCACCGUUUCCAGAAGACAGUUUUUUCGAGGAAAGGGAUGAUUGUGGUGCUAUUGAGUUUAAAUGGGGUAGAUGGAUUGGAUAUAAACUUCUGACCAAUUCCCACAAUUUUACGGCGCAGUACGUUGACGAUUUUGAGGAGCUUCCAUUUGAUUUCGAUACUCUACGGCGACACUUAGAGAGGCUUAUUGUGGUCAGCGCUCCGUUGCAGACUUUUCUAUCCCAGGUUCGGAGCAUUUAUAGAUGGGAGGAUCCGGCGCGAACAGGGAGAUGGAUGGCACUUUACAUUUUCCUUUGGUAUUUCGAGCAUAUCAUGACAUUUUUUUAUGGAUAUAUAAUUUACGCCACCGUCAUGAAUUACUUCUAUCCAACAUCCGUCGAGGAGCUUCGCAAAGCAAUCGAACGAUCAAUAAACCGCAGCUCCACAGCGUUCAAGGUCGGUGAACUGAUGGAUAAGCACGGCGCUGACAACUGGCUUGGACCACUAUUGGAUGAGUUGGGCCCUUUCAUCCAAGUCCAGGUGGCUGAUCUUGCCAACCUCCUCGAAUGCGUCUCCAAUUUUUUACAUUGGAGUGACCCAUAUAUCACUAUCUGUUCGCUCUGCUUAUUUGGCGCAUUAUUCUUAUUGACAGCAUUUGCUGAUUCCCGAUUCACGAUGAAAGUCUUCUGGUUCAUUGUGGGAAAUAUCUUCUUCGUUUGCUGGCCAAUUAGUUCCCUCUACCCCCGCUAUCGCCUCCUCGUUUCCCCCUUCAAGUGGGCUCUCUGGGACGUCCCUACGCACGCUGAAUGGGCUUUCAAAUACUUACAAGAACGCGCGGGUAGCGCACGCCAAGCCAUUAUUUCAAAAUUUGAAGAUGCCGAACAUGUUUGCGAAGAAAGCCCGCGUAAUUUUCCGAAUACCAAUAACGGCGAUGACGCGGGUGAAAGCGCGGAGGAAAUCCUUAAAUUGCAAAGAGAUAUGGAUAUAUUGAGUUUCGACUGCACAUACCUCAACAACCCCGGGAGUUUUAUCAUUUCUUUUUCCGGUGUCCGUUUCGAGUCUCAGGUUUCCAAGAUUCACCACUCAUACCAAAGGUUUGAUAAAAGUUUCAAUGAUCUCCUCGAGAUGUCGAAGCAGCAAAAGCGGAGCUCGAUCCUAUCCCCGCUGUCAACAGUCACGGCUGGCACGGAUAAGCUGGAGUUGAUAUUCAGGAGCAAGGAAGGCGGAGCUGGUAUGCAAGCCAUGAGUGAGAAAGAAUGCGCAGAGGUCGUGUUGCUAGAGAAUAUGCGAGGAAGAGACAAAGCAUUUAACGCAGUAGUGGGUUUCAGUGGCUUGAGAUGGCAAUGUUUGCAAAGGAAGCCAGAUCGGGCAAAGAACACAGAGACUUGAGUGACACAGAUAAGCUAAGCACGAUGAGCAAUAAAGAAUAUCAAUUAUCCAU